AUGUCCACUGUACUGCCGGAAAGUUUUAUAGAAUCACUACCAUCCAAAAUUUAUUAUAGAACAAAAUUUGAGUCAAAUAACAAAUACUGCUUAUGGUUUGAUGAGGAAGGGGAAUUUUCAGAAAAAAGAUCUAAAUUAAAUCAUUAUGGGAAAAUUAAAAAUGUUACAGAUAAGCUUACGAGUGCUUUAUGUAGUGUAGCUUUUACUAAUGAAGGAGUUGAAUGUAAAGAAAAAUGUCGUAAUUUGUACUAUUGGUUAGGCAAUGAAUUAUUAUUAAGUGAUAUAGAGGAAAAUUUAUUUUCAGAUGUUAUUGGAAUACUUGAGGAUGUUUCAAAUGUUCUCUAUAAGAGUGGUAAAUGCAAGUGUACCUUUUUCAAAAAUGUUACUAAGGAGAAUUUUGCAAAAAUGAAGAUUGUGUAUGAUUAUUGUGUAGAUCACGAGAAGAUUGAACAAUCUCUGAAAGUUCAUAGUAAUAUGUGUGACAGCAAAUUUAAUGCUUAUCUUGUUAAAGCUGAUAGUACAUAUAAAGAUGUGUAUGUAUGUGCCCAAAAUAAUACUGAAUCAUAUUGUACGCAACUUAAAAAUCAUGCUCCUAGUUGCUUUAACGAAAAGUUAUCUCAUUUGACAUGUAAAAUAAAUAGAGAUUCCAAAGAAGAGCAAGGUUCAAACCAUUUUGGUACCAAUUAUUUUGACCUAACAUAUGUAAUUAAUGCAUCUAACUUUAGUUCAUCUCAAAUUUUCCUGUUCUUUGUUUUACCCUUAAUUGGCAUUUUUUUCAUUGGCUUUCUUUUAUAUAAAUUCACUCCAAUUGUACCAUGGAUACAUACUAAAGUAUUAAAGAAAAAAUCAAUUAGACGUAAUUUGGAUGAAAUGGAUAUACUAGAAUUAACAGAAUACACGAACGAACGAAGAAGAUCAAAUUUAGGUAGAAUACAACUAAAUGUAGCAUAUCAUGCCGCAUGA